AUGAGCUGCACCUACACAUACCCACAGUGGAUCGAUAGUCGUGUAACUACAAUUAAGGAAAAAUUCUGGUUUAUUAAUAGAGACAUUCAAUCUGUAGAUCUGAAAACAGAGUCAGAGUACAAAGGUCGUGUACUUUUAUAUGACUAUGGGGGCAACUACUCUUCUGUGAGAAUCUCAGACCUGAGACAGAGCGACUCAGCUCAGUACCAGUUCAGGUUUAUAACAAACCAACCUGGUGGACGUUAUACUGGUUCACCUGGAGUCACUCUGACUGUCACAGCACGUCCAGAUCUCCAGGUCCAUGUGACCAGAUCAUCAUCCUGCAGGAAUUCUAAUUGUGUCCAAGUAGAGCUGAGGUGUCACAGCAGCUGUCGUCUACCUGACUAUUACAAAUACACCUGGUUCAAGAAAAGACAUGAGAUUCAGAGUGAAACAUCAUCUUCCUAUUCCACCUCUUUUUCCUCUGAAGAUACCGUUUCCUGUGCUGUUAAAGGUUAUGAGAUGUUCUCCUCUCCUCCAGUGUUUGCUCCAAUGGUUCCUUCAGUGUCUUUCAGUCCCUCUGGUGAAAUCAUUGAGGGCAGUUCAGUGACUCUGACCUGUACCAGUGAUGCAAACCCACCUGUUACUAAAUACACCUGGUACAAGAGAGGAAAGAAUCAACUUCAGUCAAGAGGUGAAGGACAGCAGUUUGUCCUCAGCUUCAUUAACUCCUCUGACUCUGGAUCAUAUUCAUGUCAAACUGAGAACAGUCUGGGGUUGAAGAUGUCAGAAUACGUCUAUAUUGAUGUGAAAUAUCCUCCCAGACUUCCCUCUGUGUCCGUGAGUCCGUCUGGUCACAUAGUUCAGGGCAGUUCAGUGACUCUGACCUGUACCAGUGAUGCAAACCCACCUGUUACUAAAUACACCUGGUACAAGGAGGAUGAAGACUCACCAAAAGCAUCAGGACAGAACUUCACCAUCACUGACUUCAGAUCUGAACACAGUGGGAAUUAUUCCUGUGAAGCCCAGAACAGCAGAGGACGACAGAACUCCACCUCACAUCUGAUUGUUGUAUCUGACAAGACAUUCAUCCAAUAUUCACUCCCAAUGAAUAUUAUCAAGGUGAUGCUGGUGGGUCUCCUGCCCAUUGCUCUGAUUUUCCUGACUGUGUGGAAAAGGAAGAAGAAAACUCAGAACAUGAGCACUGGACUGAAUCCUCCUGAGAAUAUGGUGUUACAGUCUGAUCCUGACUACGUCAAUGUGUCGGCGUUGAAAUCAGUCACUGCAGCAAAGAGAGAAGAUUCACAGGAGCAAGAAAGUGUGAUGUGACAAUGUCAGAGAUAUGAUGAUACUCUGACGUCUGCAUUUGUCAGUGGAAGGAAACAACAAUAUCUGUUCAAUGUUCAAUCAUUUUUACAGUUUACCAAAUUACAAGCUAAAGGAUUAAACCUGUAAAUAAUUCAUUUAUCAGACUCAGAGUAUUUACCUGUGAGAUAAAGGCUUUGAGUUUGGCAUGUUUUGUUUCUCCAUAUUCACUGAUGAUUUCUAUAAAUGUGAUCCAGAUGAAGGCUUCAUAGAUUUCUUCUUCACUUUAGUGGAUACCUUUAUA